ACCCCCAUUUCCCUUUCCGCUAUCUUGCUAUCUUUAGCCCUACAGUUCUUCCUCUCUCCUCUUUUUAACUUCCCUCCUUCGUCCAAGACCUUCCUAUGCCUUUCUGAGUCCACCUGUCUCUCCAGAUUCUAGAACCCAGGAAAGAUCCCAAGUGGGAUUUGGUGGCCAAGGGGAAUUUGGAGGUCCUCUAAUUCAUUUUACAGAUGAGGAAACUAAGAUUCCAGAAGUGAUCAUAAAAUUGUAAAGUGCCCAAAAUAAGAGAACUACAAUGUGCCGCUGGUCCCUGCUGUUCCUGUGGGGUUUGCUCCCCAGCAGCGCCCCGGGGGGGACUGGUCGCAGUUACCCACACCGCGCUCUCCUGGAUUGGGAGGGCAAGUACUGGCUACAAUGGGGCCACGAAGGCAGCACUCUUGCCUUCCGACUGGAGGUGCAGACCCCUGGCUACGUAGGCUUGGGCUUCUCGCCCACCGGAGCGAUGACUUCAGCGGACAUCGUCUUGGGAGGGGUGGAGAAUGGCAGUCCAUAUCUGCAGGAUUAUUUUACAGAUAUAAAUAGAGAAUUAAAGAAGGAUCCCCAACAGGAUUAUCAUCUAGAGUAUGCCAUGCAAAAUAGCACACACACUGUAAUUGAAUUUACCAGGGAGCUACAUACUUGUGACAUAAACGAUAAGACCAUAACGGAAAGCACAGUGAGAGUGAUAUGGGCUUAUCACCAUGAAGAUAUCGGUGAAUCAGGUCCUAAAUACCAUGGAUCUAACCGGGGAACCAAGAGUCUAAAAUUGUUGAAUCCAGAGAAAACGAACAUCUUGCCCACAGACUUACCAUAUUUUGACUUGACAAAUAAAAACGUGCCGAUUCCAAAUAAAGGCACAACAUAUUGGUGCCAAAUGUUUAAGAUACCUGUUUUCCAAGAAAAACAUCAUGUGAUAAAGGUUGAACCAAUAAUACAGAAAGGCCAUGAGAGUUUAAUACACCACAUUCUCCUUUACCACUGCAGUAACAAUUUUAAUGAGAGUGUUUUGGAUUAUGGCCAUGAAUGCUAUCACCCAAACAUGCCAGAUGCUUUCCUGACCUGUGAGACAGUGGUCUUUGCUUGGGCCAUUGGUGGAGAGGGAUUUUCAUAUCCUCCUCAUGUUGGCUUGUCCCUGGGUACAUCAUUAGACCCUAACUACGUUCUUCUGGAAGUACAUUAUGAUAAUCCAACAUAUCAGGAAGGCUUGAUAGAUAGCUCUGGACUGAGGUUCUUUCAUACCACCAUUUUAAGGAAAUAUGAUGCUGGGAUAAUUGAAGCAGGUCUCUGGGUCAGUCUCUUCCAUAACAUUCCUCCAGGAAUGCCUGAAUUUAGAUCAGAGGGUCAUUGUACUCUGGAAUGCCUUGAGGAGGCCCUAGAAGCUGAAAAACCAAGUGGAAUUCAUGUAUUUGCUGUUCUUCUCCAUGCACAUCUUGCUGGCAGAGGUAUCAGGAUGCGCCAUUUCCGUAAAGGGGAGGAACUCAAGCUACUUGCUUAUGAUGAUAACUUUGACUUCAAUUUCCAGGAGUUUCAGUAUUUAAAGGAAGAACGAACUAUCUUGCCGGGUGACAACUUAAUCACAGAAUGUUGCUAUAAUACGAGAGAUCGUGUACGCAUGACAUGGGGUGGACUAAGCACCAGAAGUGAAAUGUGUCUCUCAUAUCUACUCUACUACCCAAGAAUCAAUCUUACUCGAUGUGCAAGUAUUCCAGAUAUUAUGGAACAACUUCAAUUCAUUGGUGUUAAGGAGAUCUACAGGCCAGUCACGACUUGGCCUUUCAUUAUCAAGAGUCCUAAGCAAUAUAAAAACUUAUCUUUCAUGGAUGCAAUGAACAAGUUUAAAUGGUCUAAAAAAGAUGGCAUCUCCUUCAAUAAACUUGUUCUUGGGCUGCCUGUGAAUGUGAGAUGUUCUAAGACAGACAAUGCAGAGUGGUCGAUUCAAGGAAUGACAGCAUUACCUCCGGAAGUUGAAAGACCAUAUAAGCCAGAGCCAUUUGUGUGUGGAUCUUCCUCCUCCUCCUCCUCCUCCUCCUCCUCUUCCUCAUCUUCCUCCUCUUUAUAUCCAAAUGUUGUUCUCCAGAUGAUUAUUUUCUUUCUUAUCUUCAGCAACAAAGUGAGCAUCAGGUGUUAUGUAUAAUAAUUUGAUUGUACUUGAUGAUAUUCUCUAUGUCAGGCAAGCACAGAAUAUGUUUGCACUCUUGUUUCCCGUGGUCAAAAUGAAUAAUUAAGAUGCAAUUACAGGUCAUAGACUAUUUGGAAGUCUUUUUCGCUCUCUUCUCUGCCCAGUUUAUUUUUCUAAUGAUACUCACUUCCACCCCUAUUUUCUCCUAGCUCAUUUAGAGUACACCAGUCAGCCAAUUUCUCCUAUUUUCCAGAGAUGUUAAGUGCUAUAUGAGAACAUUCAGUGAAAUGAAUACUCCAUGAAAUGAAAUCUUUCUUUGAGGAUAAAGAAAAGAUGAGAUAUUUGUGUAUUUUGAUUUUCAGUUUUUUUUUAAUUAUUGACUAUAUUAACUUAAUU